UGGUUGGAACAUCGGUUGUUCCACCCAGCAGCUUUUGGUGUCCUCAAGGCCUAUGAGCUGAGCUGUGUGCUGCGCUGGUGGCCCAGGUGCAAUGCUUUGUGGUGGCUGGGAGGAAAGAAGGUGAUGACGGUUCAGUUCCUGCUCUUGUCUUUGCGUCUGACAGUCUGGCAGAGUCAGGGAGAGACAGCCCAUCCUCUCUUUGAAAGCAGAGAGACAGCGGUGGAGCAGAGGACACAGCCAUUGGCCUUCGAGGGACGCCAGCCGAGCAUGAAAUUUCCUGCUUUGAUAACAGCCUGUCUGCAGAUCCUCCUUUGGAGAUCAGUCCAUGCAGGGAUUCCACCUGCAGCAAUUCUUUCCUUGGAUCCCCAGCACCCCGUCUACAUCAAAGGUGAAAAGGUGAUUCUCACUUGUUUGGCUCCUGAUAGUUUGAAGGUGGCAGGAUACACGUUCUUCAAAGAAGAGCAAGAUCGGACCUUCAAGGAGUUGCCCAAUAGUGGAAUGGGGCCUUAUGAGAUGUUCCGCGUCAAUGAAGAUACUGUUGGGAAUUACAGCUGUGUGUACUGGAUCAUGCCCUCAAUACAGGAAAUCUGGUCCCCACAGAGCAACCUUGUCUUUGUAGCCAUGGCAGAUCCCCCUCCUUUUCCGGUGCUCAAAGUGGCUCCUCCAUCUGGAGUGGUGAACAAAGGGAGUUCCCUGCGCCUCACUUGCUUGGCCAAUGGGACCAUGACUGAGAAGAGAUUCCAUUUCUUCAAGGAUGGUGCUGAGAUGGACACCAGUCAUGAAGGAUCCAGAGAACCUGCGAAUACCUCACCAAACGCCUCUGUGAGCAUCUUACAAGCCACGGUCAACCACAGUGGAGAAUUUGCUUGCAGUUAUGAGGAAGCGAUUGGUGGCCGAUGGGUUAUGUCUCCAUGGAGCAAGACAGGGAAAGUCGUGGUGAAUGUCCCAGGUCAAGGGUCAUAUUCGUCAGCACCAUCACCACCCACACCGAAUCCAUCCCUGUCACUGGGAUAUUUGCGCUUGGCUCCUACGCUCCUGUUCCUGAUGGUCCCGCUUGCUUUCUGUUGAAGGAGAAAGAGGAGCGAUAGAUAAUGUUGGGGCUUUCAGGUGUCCCCUUCCGUUCUGUGCAUGACCUGGAAGGCGGUUUCUGAGAUACAGCGGGGACAGUUUCCAGGAUGGGCCCAAAGUCUAUGUCAGCCCUGUCUAUCGGGGGGGGGGGUGUUCCAGAGAAAGGCCUUCUCCAUUCUGGUGGCUGCCAUGGGGGGGGUCAGGGCGUGGGGUCACCUGUCCUCAGAAAACGAUUGCUUGGUUUUCAUGGAGAAUUGCUUUGCAUUUACGAUAUGACCUGUUUGGGUGUUUUCUUUGUCAUUAAAGGAAUCUUUCAAAUAAAUAAGUAAAGCAAAACUUCUUUUGUUUCAGUCUUAAACAAAUGAAACUGUGUACGUUUCUGGACAGGGUAGGGCCCUACCAGUGCCGGAUUUACGUACAAGCUAUAGUUUAGGGCCCCACUUUCUUGGGGGCCCCCAAAAAAAUUAAAGGAAAAAAACUGGAUGUACGUUUCCAAAAUAUAAGAUAAAAAACCAGAUUAUGAGUCUUUGUAAAUUGUGUUUCUAAAUGAACUUUUGUUAUUG